CCUUGAUUAUUAACUAUUUAUUUAUAAUAAUUUUUCUGAAAGAAUAAAAAAGGAAAAGUGACGAGUUUAUAAUUUUUAUUUUGUUUUUGUGCAGAUACAUAAAUUUGAUAGCCCUGUUAAAUACACGCUGCAUUUUAUAUCCAUCAAUAGUAGAAUGACGCAUGAUGAACGAAAUAAUUAAUAUUCGAAUAAUUAUUUUCAAACAAUUCUUCUCAUUGAGAUAAUAAUUUUGUAUAGAUCAUGUCUGUGGUAAUCGAAACUACGAUAGGUGAUAUUACAGUAGAUUUGUUUAUCGAAGAACGUCCACAGACAUGUCGAAAUUUUUUAAAAUUAUGCAAAAUAAAAUAUUACAAUUGGAAUUUAUUUCAUUCGGUACAAAACAAUUUCAUCGCUCAAACUGGAGAUCCUACGGGUACUGGGAAAGGUGGAGAAAGUAUUUAUGGUAUAGUAUUGGGUGAACAAGCUCGAUAUUACGAGGCCGAACAAAUGCCAAAAAUUAAACAUACCAGAAGUGGCUUGUUAUCUAUGGUUAAUUGCGGCGACAAUAUGUUAGGAUCGCAAUUUUUUAUCACGCUCGCACCGGAUCUAUAUUCUUUAGAUGGUGAACAUUGCGUGUUUGGGGAAAUAGUAGAAGGACUUGAAAUUAUUCUAAAAUUUAAUGAAACUAUUUGCGAUGGAGAUUAUAGACCUUAUCAGGAUAUACGUAUAUCUCAUACCGUUAUUUUAGAGGAUCCAUUCGAUGAUCCGAAAGGUUUAGAAAUACCGGAUAUGAGUCCAGAACCUACUAAAGAGGCAUUGAUGAGCGAUAGAAUUGGCGCGGACGAACUCAUAGAUGAUACAGCGGGAAUGUCCGUGGAGGAAGUUAUGGAAAUGCAAAAGGAUAAAGAAGCAAAGGCACGUGCUACAAUAUUAGAAAUCGUUGGGGAUAUACCGGAUGCUGAUAUCGCACCGCCAGAAAAUGUUUUAUUCGUUUGUAAAUUAAAUCCUGUUACUAACGACGAUGAUUUAGAAAUUAUAUUUAGCCGUUUUGGCAAAAUUAUUGGAUGCGAAGUAAUAAGAGAUAGACAAACGGGUGAUUCUUUGCAAUACGCAUUCAUUGAAUUUGCCGAACGUAAAAGCUGCGAGGAAGCAUAUUUUAAGAUGGACAAUGUUUUAAUCGACGAUAGAAGAAUACACGUUGAUUUCUCUCAGUCCGUAGCAAAAAUGAGAUGGAGGGGUAAAGGGAAAGGUAUUAAAUAUUAUGACGAUAAGGAGAUAGAGGAGAACGAGGAUAAAAAAGGUUAUGAUCGUUUUCACGAGAAGAACGAUCAUCGAAAUAACAAACGUUAUCAUGAAAAAGAUGAAAGAUCCAAGAGGAAAAAUAACAAUGAUGGAAGACACGAAGAAGAUAUAUUGGAACAUAGGAAACAUCAGUAUAGAAAAAAUGAUAAUAGAAGUGAUCGAGAACGUUCUCGCGAUAUUAGAAAUUAUGUUUCAGAAAAGGAUAAAGAUAGGGAGAAUAGGAGGAGGGAUGAUACGUAUGAACAUAGGAGAGAGAAGGAGAAGAAAAAGAAAAAGGAUAAGACCGAUGUUAGUAGGAAUAAAGAUAAAAGUAGAGAGAGAAAUAGAGGUAGGAGUAGAGAAAGAAACAGGGAUAAAAGUAGAGAGAGAAAGAGUGAUAGAAGUAAAGAGAAAAGUAGAUAU